AUGGACGUCUCGCUUUGCGGAGAUUGUAGCGACUUCUUUCAGAGCAAUCACCACGAUAGCUGUUACGGCGACGAGAGCUGGCGACGUUUUAAGGACAGCUUAGAUGAUGACAGACUCAUCUCUCGAGUUAUAAAGACAGCCGGUAUGGGCUGCAAUGUGUGCGAGACUGUCGUAUGCAAAUUCAGAUCUCUCAAGUCAGAUCUACUGGUCAUCGCCCAGAAGAAUGGCGAAUCCGUUAAAUUCCGAGUUGUUAUUGAGGAAUAUUACAACACAAAUCUGCAGUGGCAAGAGGAUAUCGACCGACCGUUUCUGCGGGUCUCUAUCUCUCAAGAGGAGAUCAAGUUCCGAUUGUGGCGCGUUUCAAAAACCCACGUUGCAGGCUGUGGAGUGAACGAUGACGAUAAAAGCACAGGCUCAGAAAGCAGCUUCUUAAGAGCAGAGAAAUGGUUGCGCAAGUGCAUGCACGAUCAUGUCAACUGCAACAGCGUUGAUACUCUGGGGGACUGGGCCCCUAGUCGGCUGCUCGAUAUAGGACCGGCAACGAACUAA